AUGGAACCCACUAAGAAACUUUCUAAAAAACAUGAGAAUUUAAAUUUAAUUGACGAUAAAAAAUAUAAGUUUCAAAAUUUGAUAGAUGAUAUGGAGUAUAAGAUUAUAGAAUGUAAAAGGAUUAUUGAUAGAAUUGAUAAUGAGGAUCAAAUUACUAAUUUGAAAAAUAAAAUAGCUAGAUAUGAGUAUAGGAGGAACCAUUAUAUUGAAAUAAUAAACCAAAUAACAGAUAAAACUUUAGCUAAAAAGUUUAAAAGAAUUAACAAUAAUUCUUUAAAAAAAUUUAAAUUUCCAAUUAUUGCACUACAACCCCUCCAAAUUGAGGAUUAUGAAUUGAGUGAAGAGGAAACAGAAUUUACUAAUGAGCAGUUUUGUUAUAUGGGACAUGUUUACAACCUUAGAAAUAGACUUGAAACUAAUUUAUUUGAAUUAUAUAAGUUCGAUCACUUUAUUUCAACAGCUGAUCAUUGUGAUGAUCUAAUUUUAAUAGGAACUAAAAAUGAUGAAUCUGAUCAUAAAAUUUUUGAUUUCAGUUCUAAUGAAACAAAAUUAAUAAUAACAGACUUUAAUUUAAAUAUUAAAAAUCAAAUACCAGUUCAAGGACCUAUUUGUAAGAUAAAAUUGUUUAAAAAAAGAGAAAAGUAUAAUUUUUUUACUUUGUUUAAUAAUGGAAGUUUUAAAAGAUAUGAAAUAACAGAAAACUAUGAGAUUAAUGAAAUAUGGAAUUGUGAGGUUUGUAAUAUAAUUGAUUUCAGCUUUGAAUUAAUAGAUGAUAAAGAGUAUUUAAUAUACACAAAUGGUAAGAUGAUAUAUUCUGAUGAUUAUUUUACAACUGAAUUUAUAUACCCGGUGAUUUCAUUGGCAAUAGGUGCUUUUGAUGAUGUAAUUGAAUAUUACAUGAUAACCAGUGUAGGUAAAAUAUUAGCUUGUAAUAUUAAGUUUGAAAAUUUUCGGAUAUUGAGGUAUUUAAAGGGGGUGGUUAAUAUGAAAUAUAAUUUUGAUUUAAAUGGACUUAUUGUAAAUUCAUGUGAUGGAGAAGAACAAAUUAUCAUUUACACAAUAAAACCACCAACAAAGUCAUCAAAUCCAGUAGUUUACAUCAAUUCAUAUUAUGAUGGGAUAAUACACGCCUAUCGUAAUUCAAACAGCAAGAAAAAACACAAUUUUAUCCUUCAAUUCCAUAAAAGCAAUAAUCUUUUUAUAAUUGAUGAAACUAAAUCAAAUCCACCAACUAAAAUAUAUUUUCCUUUUGUAAAAUUGAUUAAGAAAAGAUUACUGAUAGUAACAGAGUUAGGAAUAGUAAUUAAUUUAAAAGUGGUUUAA